AUGCUGGGCCCGGCCGUUUCGGGCACCGACCGCACUCCCGACCUGAUGGCCGAGGCCGGGCUGAUCUAUCACACCGACUGGGUGCACGACGACCAGCCGGUGCCCAUCCGGGUGAAGUCGGGCAAGCUCGUGUCGGUGCCCUACAGCUUCGAGCUGAACGACGUGCCGGUGUUCCGCAGCAACUUCGAGGGCGAGUAUUUCGCCCGCAUCUGCAAGGACCAGUUUUCGACCAGCUCUACGCCGAGGGAGCCGAGAGCGGCCGCGUGA